CCUCACCCGAUAAGGAAACAAGCAGAGGGAGAAGGAGAGGCAGAGAGAGAGAGAGGGUCAGACGGGGAGGAAGUCUCUGGAUGAACACUAAUGCGCAGUGAAGCAGCCAGUAAUUGUGGGGUUCUCACCAUUUGUUUGGGGGUCUGGGUGGAACUGGGGUGCCACAGAGGCCUGGUGAACUUUGGAAAGAAGCCUGGAGGUGCUUGAAUAGAAGAGUCCUUAGCAGCUACAAAAACAGUGAUGACAGAAUAGACUUGUGCAUUUCCUGAGAUUAGAUGAUUAAUCUCAGCUGCUAUGUCUCGAUGAGGCUUAAAGAAGCUUUCAGACUAAAUGGAAAGAUGAACUCAGACUGUAUAUUCUGUAGUGUACUUAUCAACAUACUUAGUAGAUGAUACUUUUACAAUCUUCAAUACAGAAAAGUAAUCUUUCAUCCAGCUAAUGAAAGUAGACUGAACAAAAGUGAUUUCAGUUCUCAAGACUGCUACACCACGUCGGCAGCAUCCAUGGCAGUCAGUCCUCUGCAAGGUCUCAUGUCGGUCGCAGUGAACCACCAGCUGGUUUCCAGCUCCACAAUGGAGCCGCAGAACCGACAGCCUCAUGCAGCCAGCAGCCGAGCAUCCCUGCAGGGACACAGCCAGAGUGCACGCAGCGGCCGGGAGCCCAGGAAGUGGGUACAGUCUAUAUGUGGGUCCAGAUCACACUCUGGUUCUGGUUGUGGGUCUGUGGUGCAGUCCAGGAUGACGAGGAGUCAACACUCCCCAGAAAAUGCAGCACGAGAAAGGAGCCGCGUGCGCAACCUGCGGCAGGCCUUCCACAGCUUGCAGGCUGCUCUGCCCUCAGUCCCGCCUGACACCAAGUUAUCCAAGCUGGAUGUUCUGGUUCUGGCUACCAACUAUAUAGCCUAUCUAACAGAGACCCUGGACCAGGGAGGUGCGCUGGCUGAGCACACCAUGCAGUCCAGGCCAGGCGGAUACCUGCAUCCUGUGAAGAAGUGGCCCAUGCGUUCCCUGCUCUACUGUGGCAGUGUGGGAGAGCUGCUAUCAGGAGUCUCAGCCAAUCAGAUGCCCCCACCUGGACGGGAUGGAGCACAACCUUUGACCGCCACCUUAGAAACAGACAAAGAAUGAUAGCAGAACAUGUGUCUUAACUUUCGCCCAGUCGCUUAUCUAUAAUCUCAACAAGCCAUGCAGCUACUACUGAUGGAAAACUGUCCGCUGCAUACUGUUGCUGUAGUUGGAAAUGCAUGAAACUAAUAGAAGCAAAUAAAAGAGGAAGACACAUACAGGUAAACACACAGCACACAGAGAUUUGUUUUUCCUCUUGCUGAAAAUAUUCCAUCAUUAUCUGAGCAUUAGAUAACAGGCUGUCAGGAACAGAUUUAAUAUGAGGAAAUGAAAAGGCUGCUUACACCACAAAUCACUACAUGAAGGAACACUGCGUAACCUAUUAACAUGAUUUAAAGAUUGUACAGUGUUUUUGUUUAAUUUUUUUAGAUGGUACUUUCACUGUGAAUAACAGUUCAAUCGCCUGUUUGUGUGUGUGUG